GGGUUCCUAAGGUUCAAAUCCUGUAACGGCUGCCACCUCUUAAGCCUUCCAGAGCACGGUACAGCGGCUAUCCUCUUACCACUACCUCCAGAAACAUUUUGCUACUGGCGGCGGCCGAAUUCAAUUACCCCUUCCUCGCUUUCCCUCAAGAAGCUCCAGAUGGCGUCUUCCGUGGGCAACGUGGCCGACAGCACAGAACCAACGAAACGUAUGCUUUCCUUCCAAGGGUUAGCUGAGUUGGCACAUCGAGAAUAUCAGGCAGGCGAUUUUGAGGCAGCUGAGAGACACUGCAUGCAGCUCUGGAGACAAGAGCCAGACAAUACUGGUGUGCUUUUAUUACUUUCAUCUAUACACUUCCAGUGUCGAAGGCUGGACAGAUCUGCUCACUUUAGCACGCUGGCAAUUAAACAGAACCCCCUUCUGGCAGAAGCCUAUUCAAAUUUGGGGAAUGUGUACAAGGAAAGAGGACAGUUACAAGAAGCAAUUGAGCAUUACCGACAUGCAUUACGUCUCAAACCAGAUUUCAUUGAUGGUUAUAUUAACCUGGCAGCUGCACUGGUAGCAGCUGGUGACAUGGAAGGGGCCGUUCAAGCAUAUGUCUCUGCUCUUCAGUACAAUCCUGAUUUGUACUGUGUUCGCAGUGACCUGGGUAACCUGCUUAAAGCCCUGGGUCGCUUGGAAGAAGCCAAGGCAUGUUAUUUGAAAGCUAUUGAGACGCAACCAAACUUUGCAGUAGCGUGGAGUAAUCUUGGCUGUGUUUUUAAUGCACAAGGGGAGAUUUGGCUUGCAAUUCAUCACUUUGAAAAGGCUGUCACCCUUGACCCAAAUUUUCUGGAUGCUUAUAUCAAUUUAGGAAAUGUCUUGAAAGAAGCUCGUAUUUUUGACAGAGCUGUGGCAGCUUACCUUCGUGCCCUAAGCUUGAGUCCAAAUCAUGCAGUGGUGCACGGCAACCUGGCUUGUGUAUACUAUGAGCAAGGCCUGAUAGAUUUGGCAAUAGACACCUACAGGCGAGCUAUUGAACUGCAACCACAUUUCCCUGAUGCUUACUGCAACCUAGCCAAUGCUCUCAAAGAGAAAGGCAGUGUUGCUGAAGCAGAAGAUUGUUAUAAUACGGCCCUCCGCCUGUGUCCUACCCAUGCAGACUCUCUGAAUAACUUAGCUAAUAUCAAACGAGAACAGGGAAACAUUGAAGAGGCAGUUCGCUUGUAUCGUAAAGCAUUAGAAGUCUUCCCAGAGUUUGCUGCUGCCCAUUCAAAUUUAGCAAGUGUACUGCAGCAGCAGGGAAAACUGCAGGAAGCUCUGAUGCACUAUAAGGAGGCAAUUCGAAUCAGUCCUACCUUUGCUGAUGCCUACUCGAAUAUGGGAAAUACACUAAAAGAGAUGCAGGAUGUUCAGGGAGCCUUGCAGUGUUAUACUCGUGCCAUUCAGAUUAAUCCUGCAUUUGCAGAUGCCCAUAGCAAUCUGGCUUCUAUUCAUAAGGAUUCAGGGAAUAUUCCAGAAGCUAUAGCUUCUUACCGCACUGCUCUGAAACUGAAGCCCGAUUUUCCUGAUGCUUAUUGUAAUUUAGCUCAUUGCCUGCAGAUUGUCUGUGAUUGGACAGACUACGAUGAACGGAUGAAGAAGUUGGUCAGCAUUGUGGCUGACCAGCUAGAGAAGAAUAGGUUGCCUUCUGUGCAUCCUCAUCAUAGUAUGCUAUAUCCUCUUUCUCAUGGUUUCAGGAAGGCUAUUGCCGAGAGGCAUGGGAACCUCUGCUUGGAUAAGAUCAAUGUCCUUCAUAAACCACCAUAUGAACAUCCAAAAGACUUGAAGCUCAGUGAUGGUCGACUGCGUGUAGGAUAUGUGAGCUCUGACUUUGGGAAUCAUCCAACUUCUCACCUUAUGCAGUCAAUUCCAGGCAUGCACAAUCCUGAUAAAUUUGAGGUAUUCUGCUAUGCACUGAGUCCAGAUGAUGGCACAAACUUCCGAGUGAAGGUGAUGGCAGAAGCCAAUCAUUUCAUUGAUCUUUCUCAGAUUCCAUGCAAUGGAAAAGCAGCUGAUCGCAUCCACCAGGAUGGAAUACAUAUUCUUGUAAAUAUGAAUGGUUAUACCAAGGGUGCUCGAAAUGAACUCUUUGCCCUGAGGCCAGCUCCUAUCCAGGCAAUGUGGCUGGGAUACCCUGGGACUAGUGGUGCACUUUUUAUGGAUUAUAUUAUCACUGACCAAGAAACUUCACCAGCUGAAGUUGCUGAACAGUAUUCGGAGAAACUGGCUUAUAUGCCCCAUACUUUCUUUAUUGGUGAUCAUGCUAAUAUGUUCCCUCACCUAAAGAAAAAAGCAGUUAUUGAUUUUAAGUCCAAUGGACACAUUUAUGACAAUCGGAUUGUUCUGAAUGGGAUCGACCUCAAAGCAUUUCUUGAUAGUUUGCCAGAUGUGAAAAUUGUCAAGAUGAAGUGUCCUGAUGGAGGAGAUAAUGCAGACAGCAGUAAUACAGCUCUUAAUAUGCCUGUUAUUCCUAUGAAUACUAUCGCAGAAGCAGUUAUUGAAAUGAUUAACAGAGGACAGAUUCAGAUAACAAUUAAUGGAUUCAGUAUUAGCAAUGGGCUGGCCACUACUCAGAUCAAUAAUAAAGCCGCAACUGGAGAGGAAGUUCCCCGUACCAUUAUUGUAACCACUCGUUCUCAGUAUGGGUUACCAGAAGAUGCUAUUGUGUACUGUAACUUUAAUCAGUUAUACAAAAUUGACCCUUCUACUUUGCAGAUGUGGGCAAAUAUUCUGAAACGUGUUCCCAAUAGUGUGCUCUGGUUGUUGCGUUUUCCAGCAGUAGGAGAACCUAAUAUUCAACAGUAUGCACAAAACAUGGGCCUUCCCCAGAACCGUAUAAUUUUUUCACCUGUUGCUCCCAAAGAGGAACAUGUCAGGAGAGGUCAACUGGCGGAUGUCUGCCUAGACACUCCACUCUGUAAUGGACAUACCACUGGGAUGGACGUCCUCUGGGCUGGGACACCCAUGGUUACUAUGCCAGGAGAGACACUUGCUUCUCGAGUUGCAGCUUCUCAGCUCACUUGUUUAGGCUGUCUUGAACUCAUUGCUAAAAAUAGACAAGAAUAUGAAGACAUUGCUGUGAAGCUGGGAACUGAUUUAGAAUACCUGAAGAAAAUUCGGGGCAAAGUCUGGAAGCAGAGAAUAUCUAGCCCUCUGUUCAACACUAAACAGUACACAGUGGAACUAGAGCGCCUCUAUCUACAGAUGUGGGAGCAUUAUGCAGCUGGCAACAAACCUGACCACAUGAUUAAGCCUCUUGAAGUCACCGAGUCUCCCUAAAUAAAGACUUGUAUGCACAAGAGAAUAACUCCUAUAUUUGAGCCUCAGCCUUUUGGCGGAAAGGGAAUUUGAUAACAUACUUUAUUACUUAUCUGUACAGUACCAUGCUGCAGAUGGGUGGAAAAUAAUGAGAAUACAGCUAAGCUUGCUUCCUGUGUGGUAGAGAGAAAGACACAAAAUGGGAGACUUACUGUUCCACAAAGAAUCAUCAUAAAAAUUUUCAGCAUCUGGGUGGUGCAUAGGUCUAGAAGGCCUUAUCUCUGUUCUUCCAUGAUGGGUUGUUUAUUGUGGAGAGAAGAUACAAAUUAUCCAACCAUUUUGUAAUUCUAUGGAUUGACCGAGUCUUCUGUGCUUUAAUUUUUUUCCUUUAUAUUUUGAGUAUCUGAACUUCUAAAAAUGUGUUUGGUUUCAGAUAUUUUCAUUCAUGUGAAGUAUACUCUGAGAUAAGGUUUUAAACUAUAAUGUUCCUUGCUUUAGUUUCUGAACUAUACAAAUUAAUGGAGGCUUUGCUGGUGUAGUCUUUUUAUAGGUUUUAUAAACCAUUAGAGCCU